UUUCUUCUUCUUUUUUCUGUUGGUUAAGGUUGCAUGAUGGAAUUUGAACAUUACAAGAAGUUUUAUAUUUUGGAUUAGCUAAUCGUGUUUGUCCUCUGCUGACCGUUUCUUUGGACCCAUUCUUUGGUACCUUUUGAGACCAUAAACCCAAAGGGAUUAUACCAUGGACUACAAGGAAAGCUGCCCAAGUGUAAGCAUUCCCAGCUCUGACGAACACAGAGAGAAAAAGAAGAGGUUUACUGUUUAUAAAGUUCUGGUCUCAGUGGGCAGGAGUGAGUGGUUUGUCUUCAGGAGAUAUGCAGAAUUUGAUAAGCUUUACAAUACUUUAAAGAAACAAUUUCCUGCCAUGGCCCUGAAGAUUCCUGCCAAGCGAAUAUUUGGUGAUAAUUUUGAUCCUGAUUUUAUCAAACAAAGAAGAGCAGGACUGAAUGAAUUCAUUCAGAACUUAGUUAGGCAUCCAGAGCUUUACAACCAUCCAGAUGUCAGAGCAUUCCUUCAAAUGGACAGCCCAAAACAUCAGUCAGACCCAUCUGAAGAUGAAGAUGAAAGAAGUACUGAGAAGCUACACUCUACCUCACAGAACAUCAACCUGGGACCAUCUGGAAACCCUCAGAUACUUCGCUUCCCUCACCCUUUUGGUCCACUUAAACAUGCUAAACCAACAGACUUUGAUUUCUUAAAAGUUAUUGGAAAAGGCAGCUUUGGCAAGGUUCUUCUUGCAAAACGGAAACUGGAUGGAAAAUUUUAUGCUGUCAAAGUGUUACAGAAAAAAAUCGUUCUCAACAGAAGAGAGCAAAAACAUAUUAUGGCUGAACGUAAUGUGCUCUUGAAAAACGUGAAACAUCCAUUUUUGGUUGGAUUACAUUAUUCUUUCCAAACAACUGAAAAGCUUUAUUUUGUUCUGGAUUUUGUUAAUGGAGGGGAGCUGUUUUUUCACUUACAAAGAGAACGGUCCUUUCCUGAACACAGAGCAAGGUUUUAUGCUGCUGAAAUUGCCAGUGCAUUGGGUUACUUGCACUCCAUCAAAAUAGUGUACAGAGACUUGAAACCAGAAAAUAUUCUUUUGGAUUCAGUAGGACAUGUUGUCUUAACAGAUUUUGGGCUUUGUAAAGAAGGAAUUGCUAUUUCUGACACCACCACAACAUUUUGUGGGACACCAGAGUACCUUGCUCCUGAAGUAAUCAGAAAACAGCCCUAUGACAAUACUGUAGAUUGGUGGUGCCUUGGUGCUGUUCUGUAUGAAAUGCUGUAUGGAUUGCCUCCUUUUUAUUGCCGAGAUGUUGCUGAAAUGUAUGACAACAUUCUUCACAAGCCCCUAAAUCUGAGGCCAGGAGUGAGCCUCACAGCAUGGUCCAUUCUGGAAGAACUCCUAGAAAAAGACAGGCAAAAUCGGCUCGGUGCCAAAGAAGACUUUCUUGAAAUUCAGAAUCAUCCCUUUUUUGAAUCACUCAGUUGGACUGACCUUGUACAAAAGAAGAUUCCACCACCGUUUAAUCCUAAUGUGGCAGGACCAGAUGAUAUUAGGAACUUUGACGCAGCAUUUACGGAAGAAACAGUUCCAUAUUCUGUGUGUGUGUCUACUGACUAUUCUAUAGUGAAUGCCAGCGUAAUGGAGGCCGAUGAUGCUUUCGUUGGUUUCUCUUAUGCACCUCCUUCAGAAGACUUAUUUUUGUGAACAUUUUGCCAUCUGGAAACCAUUGAGCAUAUAUAAGCCUACGAACAGAUGAGACUGAAGCUCCUGUUUGUGUGAAUAUAUUCAAAUAUGUUUAGUGCCUCAUUUUUACAUGUAAUGUUAACAACUAUGAAAAUGUAUUUUCUGCUGUAUGCAAGAAAAUAGGGCAUUUCAAAGAGCUAGGUUUUGAAUUAAAAUUUGUAUUCUUGUUUAUUAAGCUUAUUUUUAAACAGAAAUUUUAAAAGCUGUUGUUCUUAGCAUUAACCUAUUUUUAAAGAAAACUGUUUUGCUAAUGACUGUUUUUUUCCAAGUUUACACUAACCAAGAUAGACUGUUUUUCAACAGCCUCUUUCAGUUCAGUUAACAUAUAUUAAUGCCUUUGUAACUCUCUACUUUGACCUUUGUUCUCAGAUCAGAACUAUGCAAUUUGUACAUGGUUGUUUAAGAAGAAACCAUAUCUGUCCAUAAUAAAUCACUGCUUGCCAUAA